AUGAAGCAGUCACCGUUAAGAACGACUGCGAUCUUGUCUCUACUCGGAGUCUCCUACGCACAGACAAGCACUUGGGGCGAACCGUUCACUGUCUCAGUCUCAGCCCCAGCCGUUGCUUCGACGGAUGCCGUCCUCCCUAGUAUUGCCUUGCCAUCAGCAGCACCAACAUCGACAUGGGGCGAUCCAUUCACAGUCAGCAACAGCCCGAUUGCUACUUCGCCCCCCACAUCCGACAUCAUAUCAACAAGUAUAGCUGUUGACACGCCGACGUUUGUAACGAGCAGCGCAGUUGUGAGCAGUGCGGUUGUGAGCAGCGUGGUUGUCAGUACUACACUAGUCGCGUCAUCAGAGUCUAGUACGACGAGUGUUCAGAGUACGGUCAGGACUACGAGGACAUCUUCGAGCAGUGCAAGCCCGACAAGUUCGUCCGAAACUUCACAGCCUACUGGUGCUGCUGCAAACGGGAGGGGGUACAGCAAGUGGACUUUUACCGGAGCCGUAGUGGGCGCAGUGGGGGCCCUGUUUAUUUGA